ACUGUACUUACUCGCACAACAAAAACCUGAGCUCCGUACGUAAAAUUACACCUACCGUUGAUCAAGAUAUAUUCCCCUCUUCAAAACUUAUCAUUUUUCCUCAAGCUAAAUAGAAGAAUUGCACAAUUAAGUAGAAUAUAAUUUAGCAGUGUAUAAACAUGUCAAAUAACAUGCAGACUUGUAAUUUGUUGAGUCAGUAUCUCAAAGGAAAGGCUACACUUAAAGAUCUCAUGAAUCUUGGAAUCAAUGGCGAGGGAGAAAUCCCAGAAACGGCAACCAUGGAUUUUUUGACAAACAUAGAAGAGCAAUCAACUAAGACAAUGGGCCAAGACAAGAAAUUAAUAGAUCAUGUUCCUCGAAAUGCAACAAGAAAUUCUUUUAGAGAAAUGGAAGUGUCCAUAAAUAAAGCCAGCAACAGUAGUAAAGAGACACAAAAGGAGUUAAAGGCAGCGCAGUUGUCUAUAUUCUAUGGUGGUAAAGUAAUAGUAUUUGAUGAUUUCCCAGCUGAUAAAGCCAGAGCAAUGAUGUUAUUAGCUAGCAAAGGAAGCCCUCAGAAUUCUUGUGCUGUUUUUCAGACGGCUAACAUUGACAAAACUGGUCCUCUUAAGCUCGGCUCUAAUUCUGCUGCUAACAACUUUGAUUUACCUAUUGCAAGAAGAUCUUCACUUCAUAGGUUCCUUGGCAGGAGGAAAGAUAGAGACACGGCUAGAGCGCCAUACCAAGUGCAGAAUCCAUUGCCAUCAUCUUCAAAGAAUAAGGAAUCAACUUCCAUGAUUCGUGAUCAGAGCUUUGAUCUCAACUUCACGUUAUAGUCAACUUGGUGUCUAAGUUAUUUUGGGUUAUUACAAUAUAUAUAGAUGUAAUUCUCAUGCUGCGUUCACUUAGCGCGCUCUGUAUUCAGCUUGGAUUAUAUAUGUACAGGAACUGUAAUCUAAGAUCUUAAGUUAGUAUGCGUAAAGUACGACACAAUAUUAUUUUGUGACACUUGCAAACCUUAAUAUAGAUAUAAUAUUUUACAAGUUGA